CUUUCUUUCUUCUCAGCCCCAAAUAUCAAAACCCACUUUCCCUCUCUCUGUCAGCGUGAUAAACUGAUACUAAGCCCGCCAUGAGAACCGACAUAGAUAGUCUCUGGGUCUUUGCUUUGACCUCCAAAUGUAGAGUCUUUACACAAGAAAAUCUUGCAUGGUCAUUUUUGAUAAUCUGUCUGGCUUGGCUAGCCAUUGCCCUUCUCCACUGGGCUUAUCCUGGUGGUCCUGCUUGGGGAAAACACAUGCUCAAGAAAGGCUUUCCUGCUUUUUCUAAGCCAAUACCGGGUCCUAGAGGAUUGCCUUUAAUUGGAAGCAUGAGCCUUAUGGUUUCCCUUGCUCACCGCAGGAUUGCUGCUGCUGCCCAGACAUGCAAAGCCAAAAGGCUUAUGGCCUUUAGCCUUGGCGAUACACGUGUUAUCGUUACAUGCAAUCCGGAUGUAGCCAAAGAAAUACUAAACAAUUCGGUUUUUGCAGAUCGUCCCGUUAAGGAGUCUGCCUAUAGACUAAUGUUUAACAGAGCAAUUGGGUUCGCUCCUUAUGGUGUCUACUGGCGAACCUUGAGACGAAUCGCAGCUACACACCUUUUUUGUCCUAAGCAAAUCAGAGCCGCUGAGGUUCAGAGAUGCAUAAUUGCUUCUGAGAUGAUGGCCAUGUUCAAAGACCAUGACCAAAGUUUUACUGUUCGCGGAGUACUCAAACGUGCUUCCCUGAAUAACAUGAUGUGUUCUGUUUUUGGACGCCAAUAUAAAUUAGAUUCUCUAAGUAGUGAAUUUGAAGAGCUCAGAGACUUAGUUGAUCAAGGCUACGAGUUAUUGGGUACCCUUAAUUGGACCGACCACCUUCCUUGGUUAGCAGAUUUCGACCCGCAAAAAAUCCGGUUCAGAUGCUCCAACCUUGUCCCCAAAGUGAACCGGUUCGUUAGCCGAAUCAUCGCGGAACACCGACUUCAAAUCGGUGACGGUGUUGAGCCCCGAGAUUUCGUCGAUGUUCUGUUGUCCCUUGAAGGCCCCGAAAGAUUAACUGACGCCGAUAUGAUCGCCGUUCUUUGGGAGAUGAUCUUUAGAGGCACUGACACCGUGGCGGUUCUGAUCGAGUGGGUACUAGCAAGGGUGAUACUUCAUCCUGAUGUUCAAUCGACGGUUCAUGAUGAACUCGACAAAGUGGUGGGCCGAUCACGGACCGUCGAUGAAUCUGAUAUCACGGCCAUGGUGUAUCUACAGGCAGUAGUGAAGGAAGUUUUAAGGCUACACCCGCCUGGCCCACUUCUCUCCUGGGCCCGUUUAGCCAUAACUGAUACAACAAUUGAUGGUUAUCACGUGCCUGCAGGGACCACUGCAAUGGUGAACAUGUGGGCCAUAGCUAGAGAACCAGAGUUGUGGGCUAACCCACUCGAAUUUAUUCCCGAGAGGUUUCUGGCUAAGGAAGGCGAAGUUGAGUUUUCUGUGCUAGGCUCGGAUCUUAGGCUUGCACCGUUUGGGUCGGGUAGACGGACCUGCCCAGGAAAGAAUUUGGGUCUCACUGCGGUGACGUUUUGGGUCGCCUCAUUAUUACAUGAAUUUGAAUGGUUACCGUCCGAUGGUACUAAUAUCAUUGAUCUAUCGGAGGUACUGGGGUUGUCUUGUGAGAUGGCCAAUCCUUUAACCGUUAAAGUACUGCCUAGGCGACCAUCGUUUUAUUAGAAAUGAAAAUGAAAAAGAAAAAAAAAAAAAAAGAAGGGCAAAUUAUUAUGAAGUCCUUAAAGGUUUGACUGAAAUUACUAUUUUCUCUCUAUUGUUUAGAAAAAAUUAUGCAAAGUUCUUGAUGUUUAGUUCUGUUAAAUUACUUAAUUUUUCCGUCCAAAAAGCACCUGUAAUAUUUGUAGCCAUUCAUAUUUACUAUAUUGUCAGUGCUUAGUUCAUCACCUUACUACUGAAUAACCUCAUCUAACGGCAAAGUGACGGAAAGAUUAAGUAAUGUAACAAACCAAACUUCAGGGAUUCCAAAGUAAUUUUUUUAAACAAUAAGAGUGAAUUAGUAUUUUAAGUAAAAUUUUAGAGGCUUUAUAAUAAAUUGCUAAAAAAGAAAGCAAAAGGACCAAAAAAUAAAAGGAGAAAGAAGAGUACUAUGUUGUGUGUGGCUGGGGGAUUACAAAUCUGAAAACUUGAUAAACCGAAGGAUCGUGUUGCUUGUGGUGUGUCUGGAUGUCGGUUUUCCUAGUUUUAAGUUAUUCCGUUAUAAAAUAUCUACUGCUCUCCACUCAAUGUAAAUACCGGAGAAACUAUGAAUCUUAAUACCGUUCUUUCAAGUUGCGAUUUUCUUGCACCAAUUGUAAUAAACCCAGCUGCUUUCUUUCCA